UGAUUUUGACAUUCUUAUCUUCUUUCAGAUUAAAUGAAAUCAUCUGUUACAACAUCGUUCACAUCAUACGCCUGACAUGGAAGGACGUACACAUAACUCAUGCGCCAGUGUAACUAUUGAUAUAAACGGCUACAAUAAAGCCUUUUAAUAACUUUUUCAUUUAACUAACAAAGUAAACGCAUCAAUGCAUUUUUCUUGAUACAUAAGAACAUAAAGAUGACGACUGAUAAAUAUGAUACUGAAAUGGAUUGCUCCGACUCAGAUUGCGGAGAUCCAGGUUAUGAAGAUUAUUAUAAUGUACACCCAUGGGAUGGUGAAGGUGACAAUGAUAUAGAUAAUGAUCAAAGCCGAAGAGAUCCUGAAUAUGCUGUAUAUGAUUGUUUAAAAAUUGAAGAAGUGGAAAGACUUCUAAAUGAAGAUGUAGAGUUGUUAAGUAAUAGUCUCCAUAUAACACCAUCCUUAGCCAAAGUUUUAUUACACGCACACAAUUGGGCAUUACAAGACAUCAUCGCAAAGUAUCGUACCAAUGCUUCCAGUUUGUUAAUUAAUUCAAAAAUAAGAUCAUUACCUCCAUUGGAUUCACUAUCAGCACUAAAAGGUCAAAGGGGUGGAUUAUGUUCCGUUUGUGUUACAAUAUAUCCAGCUGAGAAAUUUUCUACUCUAACAUGUGGACAUUCGUUUUGUAAAGACUGUUGGUGCAUGCAUUUUGAAAUACAAAUAACCCAAGGUAUUUCUACAGGAAUAAGUUGCAUGGCACAGGAUUGUAAUGUCUUAGCUCCAGAAGACUUUGUUUUAUCUCUACUUACUAAGCCUAACAUGAGAGAAAGAUAUCAACAGUUUGCUUUUUGUGAUUAUGUAAAAUCCCAUCCACAAUUAAGGUUUUGUCCCGGACCCAAUUGUCAAAUGAUUAUGCGUUCGAAAGAGCAAAGAGCAAAAAGAGUGAUGUGUUCAUCAUGUAGAACUGUGUUUUGCUUCCGAUGUGGUAUUGAUUACCACGCACCCACUGACUGUAAUACUAUGAAAAAAUGGUUAACAAAAUGUGCAGAUGAUUCAGAAACAGCUAAUUAUAUUAGUGCCCACACCAAAGAUUGUCCAAAAUGCCAUAUUUGCAUAGAAAAAAAUGGUGGUUGCAAUCAUAUGCAAUGUUAUAAUUGUAAGUAUGAUUUUUGUUGGAUGUGCCUUGGAGAUUGGAAAGCACACGGAAGCGAAUAUUAUGUAUGUUCAAGAUAUAAAGAGAAUCCUAACAUUGCUCAUGAGAAUGUUCUUGCACAAGCAAGAGAAGCUCUAAAAAAAUAUCUUCAUUACUACGAAAGAUGGGAAAAUCAUAGUAAGUCGUUAAAAUUGGAAGAACAAACUUUAGAAGCUAUAAAGAUGCAAAUAAACAAGAAAGUAAUGAACUCCAGUGGAACGUGGAUCGAUUGGCAACAUUUAUUUGCAGCUGCGUCGCUUCUAACGCGUUGCCGGUAUACUUUACAGUAUACUUAUCCUUAUGCUUAUUAUAUGGAACCUGGACCGCGAAAAGAAUUAUUUGAAUACCAGCAAGCGCAAUUGGAAGCGGAAAUAGAAGAUCUUUCUUGGAAAAUAGAACAUGCAGAAACAACAAAUCGUGGAGAUUUGGAAAAUCAAAUGGAUAUUGCUGAAAAACGUCGAGUCACUUUACUGAAGGAUUUUCUUGAGGUAUAAAUACCAAGUGAUCGUAAAUAUUUUGUUACAUCAUUGCAGUCUCUUUUACAAUCAUGCCAAACUUACGAAACAGCUAUAGUUUAGUUCUUGAAGUAUUAUAUUCCAACAGCUAUUAUUUACGCAUUAGUUAAUCAUUCGUCAUUAAAGAAAAAGUUUGGAAUAGUGCGUAGAAUCAUUUCAAUUGACAAUGUUUUAGAAGAUAACUUUAGAUUUAAGUAUUCUUUGUCGAUUAAACGAUUUUUAAAUUAUUUUUAUCAGACAAUUUUUACAUUUUUAUUAAAAGUGGUGUCUGUAGAAGAGAAAAUUGAACCUGUUUGUUAUUUAUGUAAUCCUAUAUAAAUAAGAAAUUUUAUGGAUAUCUUAAUCAAAGACGGCAAGAAGAUUAGAGAAGGAAAGAGAAAGCAUAAUUGAAAAAUGAGAUGUAGGAAAGUAUUAAUUUUUAUUGACUGAUUAAAAUUUGAUAUAUAACGCAUAAUUUCCUAGUCUAAGAGUAUUUCCAUGAAUAUUAUACAAUUGCAUUUUUCGAAAUUCAUAUUUAUAAAAUUGUUUUUAUUGAUGCUUAUCACACAGUUGAACAAAAAAUAUUAUAAGAAUUAUUGAUUUUAUGGAUUAUGAUAUAUAUUUUUUAUUUAAAUAUGAAUUUCGCUUGUGCUGAUUCGAUGGAUCCUCUAAUUUUUCCUUUAAAGCAUUACUACUACUAAGGAAGAUUUUAGUAUCAAUGACUGGCUGAAAUAAAAAAAAAAAGUGAAAGAAAACACAUAGCCUAACAAUUUAAUUAGGUGCCAAUAAAUGGUACCUUUAACAUGUAAAUAUUGUGGUAAUGUAAAAGAACGUGACAUUUUCUAUAAUUAGACUUGAGGUGCAUGCAACGAUCAAAGACAUCCAUUAAAAACUGUAAUUGAACUUUUUUUCAACUAUUUAUACGCGAUACAUUAGAAUAGAUACGAUCGAUCUUUUAAUAAAGAAUCCCGUUUAAACUUCACGACCAUUGUGGAAAAUAAAUGUAAUAAUUAAUAUAUCACUAAAAAAAAUAAACUUUACCGCAACAAUUGUA